AUGGACGCCUAUUCGGGGUACAACCAGAUCAGGAUGGCACCCGAAGACAGAGAGCAUACGACUUUCCUCACCGAUCAAGGGGUAUACUUCUAUAAGGUCAUGCCAUUCGGGCUAAAAAAUGCUAGGGCCACAUACCAGAGGACGGUGAACAAGAUGUUCGCCCAUCAGAUCGGGAGGAACAUGGAAGUUUACGUGGACGAUAUGAUAGUGAAAAGCCAAGAGGCCAGAACGCACCUUGCCGACCUAGCCGAGGCAUUCGCCACACUGCGCAAGUUCGGCAUGCGACUCAACCCCACAAAAUGCGCUUUCGACGUCACCUCCGGGAAAUUCCUUGGGUUCAUCGUGCACGAAAGAGGAAUUGACGCCAACCCGGAGAAGGUUCAGGCGAUAAUCAAUAUGCAGUCCCCCCGGACGAUUAAAGACUUACAACAACUUAACGGAAGGCUUGUCGCCCUGUCUCGCUUCCUCACCCGAUCGGGCGAUCGCUGCCUCCCAUUCUUCAAGGCGCUAAAGAACCUGAAGAACUUCCAGUGGACGUCGGAAUCCGAGGAAGCUUUCAAACAAAUGAAGCAGCACCUGGCCGGCCUCCCCCGCCUUGCCUCUAUCUCUCCCGGGGAAAAGCUGGGCCUCUAUUUAGCGGCCUCCCCGCACGCAGUCAGUUCCGUCCUAACCAGGGAAAGCUCCGGACAGCAACUCCCGAUCUACUACGUCAGCCACGUCUUGAGCAGACCCGAGGAGCGUUACCCGCCGAUAGAAAAACUCACACUCGCCCUGGUGCUCUCGGCUCGGAAGUUGCGCCCCUACUUCCAAGCACACCCGAUGGAGGUCAUCACCGACCAACCUCUUUGGCAGCUCGGCGAACAUGAUAUAAGAUACGUGCCCAGGACCGCCAUCAAGGCCCAAGCAGUAGCCGACUUCAUCGCGAAGCUAACUCAGAUAGAGGACAAAGAUCUCGAGCAAACCCCCGAGGCUUGGACCCUAUACGUGGAUGGCUCGGCCAGCUCAAGAGGCACCGGCGUGGGUUUGGUUCUUCUCGCCCCCGACGGGCGCUCGUUUGAGCGCUCCCUCCGUUUCGGGUUUAAGGCCACUAACAACGAAGCGGAGUACGAGGCACUCCUAGCAGGACUAAGGCUGACCCUCGAGAUGCAGGUGGCCGCUAUACACGUCCUCACCGACUCGCAGCUCGUGGCCGAGCAGCUCCGCGGGAGAUACGAAGCUAGGGACCCAACCAUGGCGAAAUACCUGGCACGGGUAAAGGACCUAAGUACCAAGUUCCCUUAUUUUACAUUAUCUAAUGUUCCGAGGGGGGAAAACGAGCGAGCCGACGCGCUAGCUAAGCUGGCGUCAAAACCAACCCCCAAAGCAUGGCCGGAGAUCGAGGAGCUCCCCGCCCGCGCCGUCGAAGUAGCAACUACGGCUCCAGGCAGCGCGCCAAUCACAUGGGUACAAGAGCUGCUACGCUUCAAGCGAGAUGGGACCCUUCCCCACGACGAAGUUGCGGCCCGGCGCCUACAUCGUACACACGCAUGGUACACCGAGGAGAGUGGGCGGCUUUAUAAGCGGUCCUUCACCUACCCCCUUCUACGAUACUUGGAGCCUGACGAAGCCCAGACGGUCUUGGCCGAGAUCCACGAAGGAGUUUGCGGAGAACACAUCGGCGGGCGAACCUUGGCACACAAAAUACUCCGCCAAGGUUACUACUGGCCGACCAUGCGUCGGGACGCGAAAGCUUACGUGCAGUGGUGCGGCUCGUGCCAGGAACACGCCCGUGCACCCCGACAGUCGACGGUACCGCUCAGCCCCAUCGAUUGCACAUGGCCGUUCGCGCAGUGGGGUUUGGACCUGCUUGGACCUUUCCCACCGGCUUUGGGGCAGCAGAGGUACAUCAUCGCAGGAGUGGACUAUUUCACAAAGUGGGUUGAGGCCGAGCUAUUGGCGGCAAUCACGGAACAACAAAUGGAGAAGUUCGUGUGGAGAAACCUACUAAGGUUCAGCUCGGUGGCCCACCCUCAGACAAACGGGCUAGCGGAGGUGACCAAUCGGUCCAUCUUGGACGGACUCAAAAGAAGAGUGUCCGUGGCCCGAUCGUCCUGGACGAAUGAGCUCCCUAGCGUCCUAUGGGCACUACGCACUACUCCCAAGACCGCGAUUGGUGAGUCCCCGUACAACUUGACGUUCGGAAUUGAAGCUGUCCUGCCACCCGAGGUAGCCAUCGCCACCCUUCGGACAGAAGGCUACGACGAGAGAGCCUCGGACGAGGGACUUCGAGCCAACCUCGACAUGCUCAAAGAGCGACGCGCCGAGGCCCACUUGAAAGCCCUCUCUUACAAGAAGACCAUCGCAAGGGUCUACAACAGGAAGAUACGACCCCGGCCGAUCAAGUUGAGCGACCUGAUCUUAUGCAAGACCGAGGUGAGUGACCCGACCCGAGCAAAGGGAAAGUUGGCUCCCAAAUGGGAAGGACCUUAUCGGGUCGUCGAGGUAGUCCGACCGAGUACUUACAAGCUCGUGACAAUGGACGGUUCCUCCCCGAGAACAUGGAACGUCCAGAACCUUAAAAGACUUUGCCUAUGGGGAAUUGUUCAGCUAAAAAAGAGUCUCUUCUGA